UUGGGGGAGUGAUACUUAUUUGGUUCUUCCAGUCAAUUUUCUUGUUUAAGAUGUAAAAAAUAAAGUAUGUAUAGAUAGAUAACCCCGAGCUGAGUCGAGUCAUACCAAAAUCGUCCGUUGGGACAUCAUGAACUGAGCUACAGGGGUUUAAAAUUUUAGAAAAUGUCCGCAUAAAUUUGUCCUCAAAAACUGUAUAGAUAACCCACAAGUACCAUUUUACUUUUAAUUUUUUUUCAGUAUCAGAACAUUAUAAACAGACUCGUUCCCGUAUUUUUAUAUUAUUAUCAAAACGUUUCUUCAUCUCCCAGCAAGUUCUAUGUUUGUAUUGAGAGGACCUCUGAGUAUUUAUUGGACAAUGAACCUCGUUAUUAUAUCAUUAAAUUGCCAAUCUUUCCAAAAAAUGUCGAAAAAAUGGUUAUUGUUGGUUACUGGUUGGAGCAACUUUCCGACUGUGUUUUUGAAUUUGCCUCAUUUGACGGAGUUGUGUUUAAUCCAGAAUUAAUUAAUUUAUUGUUUGACAACGACAAACUUUUAUUUCACAUUCAAAAACCGAAAAUAUCCUCCAACGAGGCUUCUUUUGGAAAUGUUUGGAAAUUUGUUUCGAAUCAUUUGACAAUUUCGGAAUAUCUCAGCAUCAAUUUGAAUGACAUUAAUGUGCAACGUUUACACGGUAUUUUAGUAAGUGGAGGCAAUAAAUUACCAAAAAUUCGUGUGAAAAAUGUUAAGACGGGAUGGCUUUAUAAUUCUUUAAUCAAAGUGAGUUUAAAUUAG